AUGCUUCAAGAGUACUUGAGAAAUCAAGAAGAGAGUACAAAGAAGAUGGAGAGAAGAAUCGAUUUCAUCCAUGAGAGCCUUGGAAACAAAUCUGAAGUCCUAUUCAAGCAAGUGAUCAAGCUUGAUGAAGACAUUAAGAAGUUAAGAGAGGAUCAUGAUCGAUCUUUGACCCUAGUUAAGCUUGAUGUUGCUUCCAAAUAUCAAGAGUUGCUGAACAAGAGCAUGAGAAUUGAAGAUACUAGCUAUGGCAAUAGCAAACAUCUUGGUUCGAUCUACAACCGCCUACAAGCCCUUGAAGGAUCAUCUCAUGCCAAUUACAAGAGAGAGAGGAGUCCAACACCCAACCACCCUCCCUUUUAUUGCAAUGCCAUCACAAGAAGAAGCACUACUCAAGUCCAUGAAGGACAAUGA